AUGGCAAAGGAAUUCAGGGUUAGGUUUCGACACUCGGCCGGCGACCUGGGGCCGUUCGUUUUCUCCAAAGACACCACAAUCACGCAGGUGAAGGAUCACGUCUUUUCCCAGUGGCCCAAAGAUGGAGACUUUGCAUUGGAUCCUCCCACAAGCGCUGGAGAGAUCAGGUUAAUUCUCAGGGGCAAGUUUCUGGACGAUACCCGGGCACUGUUCGACUACAGGAAGGAGAUGGGAGAUCCUGACACGGACAGCAUUGUGACAAUGCACCUUGUGGUCAGGAAAAUGGCAAACUCAGGAAAGGGUGGGAAGCAGGGAGGGUCGUGUUGUGCCUGCUGCUCAAUACAAUGA